AAAUUAUAUUUCGAUUAAAAUUAAUUAUGCAAUAAAUUGUUUCAUUCACACUGUUAAUCCAGCAAGAUGAGAUAACACCAAAAUGUAAGAUAUUGAUCAAUAUAAAAACCUCACGAAACCUAUCAUAGACAUAGUCGUGUAAUCGACAAGGGCUUAAAAGACCAUCAAGAUGAAAUUCCUAGCUAUUCUCCUCAUCGUCGCCGUCGCUUCGGCCAAGCCCAGGGCUGGUGAGCUCUCUGAAGUGCAGCAGAUCAUUGCUGCCAUCCAGAGCCCCAGCACCGACCCCGCGACCGCCGCCGCUCUCGAACAAAUGCUGCAGGACAUCGUCGGAUCCUUCGAACCCAUCGCUGUCGGACCCGCCAUCGUCGCCCCCGUUGACCCUGUCAUCGUCGUCGACCAGCCUUCUCCCGUCGCUGUUGGCCCCGCCAUCAUCGCCCCCGUCGACCCCGUCAUCGUUGUUGACCAGCCUGCCGCCGUCAUCGAGCCUAGCCCGGUGGCCCUUCCCGAAUCCGUAGAUUCUACCCCCAUCGUUGAGGCUACCCCUAUCGCCCCCGCCAGCGCUCCCCUCGUUCAGAUCAUCCUGAACAUCAACCAGGCCGAAUCUGCCGCUCCCGUGGUCAUUCCCCCCGCAGGCGCUGACUCCCCCAUCGAGGCUCCCGUCGCUGUUGACCCCGUCAACGUUGUGGACCAAGCCCCCAUCGACCCCUCUCCCGUGAUCGUUGCGCCCGUGCCUGUUGACCCCGUGAUUGUGGCCCCCGUGCCUGUUGACCCCGUGAUCGUCGUCCCUGGCCCCGUCGCCCCCGUGGAGCCCGUCCUCGUGGGAACCCCCAUUAUCCCCGAGCCAGUCAUCGUGCCUGAGCCCGUCGUGGUGGGAACCCCUGUGAUCCCCGAGCCCGUCGUCGUGCCUGAGCCCGUCGUGGUGGGAACCCCUGUGAUCCCCGAGCCCGUCGUCGUGCCUGAGCCCGUCGUGGUGGGAACCCCCGUCAUCCCCGAGCCCGUCAUCAUUGGCACCCCCGUCGUGAUCCCCACCCCCGUGAUCACCCUCCCCGAAACCCUCAACUAAGCGUUACUUUGUAACCAGUAGGUAAUCUACGAACAAAGGAAGGUUACUGACAUUUUUAUUGUAAUCUAUAAAAUGUUUCGAUUACACGAGAUACAAUAUUAA